GAACUUUUUCUGAUAACGAUGAUCAUCAAGAAAAAAGUAUAGUGCUGCUAAUUAAUCAUAUUCUUCUUCUGCAAGUUCGUUCAUUACCAUAUCUUUUAGAAAUUAAAGGUAUUUUCCACUAAAGAAAGAAGAAUCAAUGGACUUCUUGAAGCUUUUCAUUGUUGCAUUAAUGUCAGUUCUGAAGCUAUUGUUGCUCACCUCUGUUGGAAUAUUCCUUGCACUUGAUAGAAUUGACAUACUCAAUGAUAUUGCUAUGAAGCACUUAAAUUCUUUGGUAUUUUAUGUCUUCACUCCAGCUCUUAUUUCAAGUAGCUUAGCAAAAACUAUAACUCUAAGGAGCAUGAUUAUGUUGUGGUUCAUGCCACUAAACAUUUUUAUUACAUAUAUUAUUGGAUCAGCACUUGGAUGGUUACUUAACAAAAUAAGCAGAGUUCCUCGUCAUCUUCAAGGAGUUGUGUUAGGGUGCUGCUCUGCAGGAAAUAUGGGAAAUUUGUUGCUUAUUAUAGUUCCAGCAGUGUGCAAAGAAAAUGGAAACUAUUUUGGAGCAAAUAAGGAUGUUUGCUACAGAAAUGGACUAGGAUAUGCUUCUUUGUCACAAGCAGUAGGUAAUAUUUACAUGUGGUCUUAUGUCUACAACAUUAUCCGCAUAUAUUCGAAUAAGAAUUCCACCGUGGCGCAAGUAGAUGACUCCGAAGAAAAUGAACUAGAAAACAUUUCAAGAUGUUCCAAUGAACAAUUGGUUAAUGUUGAGAGCAAAUCAGAGACUACUCAUCAUGUGGAUCAAUUUGAAAUAAUGGAACAUGCAAUGCCUAUUAGAGAAGCAAAGGUAACAAGAAUGGGAAAUGUUAUGAAACAAAUGCAAAUAUUGGCCAAAAAGAUUGAUGUGAAGACACUAUUAUCACCUUCAACAAUUGGAUCGAUGGUUGGUUUGGUAAUCGGUGUAGUCCCUCAAUUUCGAAAAGUGUUAGUCGGCGACGGCGCGGCUCUCCGGGUGGUUCAAGACUCUGUAACAAUGCUGGGGGAUGCACUCAUUCCAUCAUUGACUUUGGUACUUGGUGCAAAUCUUCUAAAGGGCUUAAAAGGACAAAGCAUGAACCUUAAAAUCAUUGUUGGAAUUGUUGUAGUGAAGGGUAUUGCAGUUCCAGCAAUAGGCAUAGGCAUCAUCAAAGCCGCGACCCGAUUCGGAUUGAUCAACCCGGAUCCGUUGUAUCAGUUUGUUUUGCUUCUUCAGUAUGCUGUUCCACCUGCUGUAGCCAUAAGCACAGUUACUCAAUUAUUUGGAGCUGGUGAGGGUGAAUGCUCAGUAAUAAUGCUAGCAGCUUAUGCUUGUGCCACAGUUUUCCUUACUCUUUGGUGCACAUUUUUUAUGUGGCUUGUACUCUAAAUUCUUUUUUAUUUUUCUAUUUCAACAUUUUUCUUUACAAUAGACAUUAGAAAGAUAAUUAUUAGAAGAGUAGUAUAUCACUUUUUUAUGUAACAAAUCCAU